AUGCCUGUCCCUUUCCUCUCUUUUGAGGGGUUACGAAAUCGACUUGCCAACAAUACUCCAUCGGCCGCAGACCCAGGUACUCUGGACUAUGGUGCUACUUCCCACCAAGGGUUUGAUGAGCUAGAAUCAACCGAUGGUUCAGAUGAUGAGGCCCCUCGCCACUAUCAACUCCAACCUCUUAGGAAGGAAGCGCCCAUUUACAAAUCACCGGAACUCAUAGAGAAUGACGAGAGCCCCUCUCAGCCCCAGCCUCAAUCUCCAAAGGACACCGAGGCAUUGGUACAGGAUGAAGGGCCAAAAUCCGAGGAGCACUUGCCUCAGGAGCUCCCCGUUGGCAAUGAAGCGCCCAAAGAAAAGCAACGUGUCCCUGGAGAAACACGCUCGGCGACCACCCCAAGCACCCCAGGGCUAUCCCCUGAAGAUCAGGAACUGUCUUAUUACGUCAAUCUUGUCUUUCCCGUGCUUCAUGAGCUUGCUGGUUUCAACUUAUCCGCAAAGGAACUGAUGACGGUUUCCAAACGAGAGCCUACAAUCCGUAGUGCUUUAGUUGCCCAGGCCAAGCAUCAUCAAAAUCGCAUGAGGUUCCUAACUUCCACCGAUGGACCUCAUCACCAGACAACCCAGAAGCUGUGCCUGGACCUCGCAGCAUCCAAUAAUGUCUAUGUCAGCGCGCUUGGAGGACUUAAUUCUGUUUUCGAAAAAGCGACACGGGAAAAUGACAUAGAUACUCUUGCCGUUCUCUAUACAUUGCUACAUUUUGGUGGCAUUGGGGAGCUUCUUACUCGUCACAUUGCACGCCGGGGCAACCAAAGUUCCGGAGGUGGUUUCUUGUUGGAGUUAUCUUGUCGAUGGUUGGCUAGCUCUAUUGCUCGUUACGCUGAUUUGGCAUCGGCGCUACGCCGUGGUAGUGAUAGGCAACGGGCGGUAAUACAAGCCGCAAUCAAUAUCGAUAUAUACUCUUCAAUUGCACUAUGCCGGCCGCCUCACUUCCUCGAUUCGUACCGCGCUUCCUUCAGGAAUGGUGAUAUCUCCACGGCGGUGGAUUCUAAUGGAGCUCGGAUGGCGGUGCCUCGUCUGGAUGAUUUAAUGGAUAUACCUGCUAAAACAUUACUAGCACUUGCGGAAAUGUCGGCUAUGGCAUCAUGGAAAGCCGAGCACUUGCGUCAUGGUACAUUGAGCGUUAUGGAUCUCUCGCGCUGGGCUAAACGGGUUGAUGCAUUAUUAGCACCUCCUUCGCCUGAGUUGUUGCUUGGCUCUAUAUCACUUAAACCAACCGUGAAAACCCAUCCCGUGGCUAACAAAGCAGCACCCCAGCCCGUUGCAGGGCCAUCCGAGUUCGCGAGCGCGGCCCAGCUUCAAGUAAAUACCGAAGCUACACCUGUGUCGAUGAGUUUGAUAUUUCCCACAAUAUCCAACCUCCCUGCCCCUGUUAAUCCAGUAAAAUCGGAGGGGGAAAGCGUCAAAGCGGGCUCAACCACUGUGCCCGUCGCCUUGACGGAGCAAAUAACGGCAGGAACACUCCCCCCAUCCACCCCCGUCACAGAAACAAUCGAUCAAGCUAUGACAGAUUCUGUGGCGGACACGUGCACGGCGCCUAAACCACCUGCCUCUGAGCGGCCUGUUGUGCCUCGUGCUACGCCCAAUCAGAUGCCUCGCCUUCCGUAUCGCCGCAUACUACCCCCUGCAACCCGCGAAGUGUUUCGAUGCGCCGGUAGAGUGUUUUUGCACACGAUUCUUUCCGGCGAGCACCCUCGUGUGCAUGACAUCGUUCAGGCGGUUGGGGAUACAUGCGGUGCUUUGCGCGAUCUUGGACUCAGCUAUCUUCCUCCUGGCUCCCGUCCCUCCCAAACAGAUGACUUGCGUUUUCCCGUUGUUCGAGGGUUACCUUUUUGCAUUUUCAUUGCAGGAUGUAUGGCCGGGAACAUGGAACAAGGGAUGUUUUUGAGGUCGUGUUUGAGACCUGUCAUUCGCGAGAUAGACAUGCAGGCUUCCGAACUACUAACCACCGUACUCGGAGAGCGUGCUGGUUCUGGAGAUGCCACUAGCUGGCAAUCUGUCAUGGUCAAACGAGGGGCCCGGCUGGUUUUCAUGUAG